AUGCGUCCGCUGUGGUUUGAGUUCCCGGACAACCCCCUGACCUUUGCGGCCGAAGACGAGUUCCUGCUGGGCCCGGGGCUGCUGGUCAAACCGGUGUCGGCGCCGGGGGUUGACCACGCCGACACACUGCUGCCCAAGGAGUCUAUCUGGUACGAGUCCAUCAGCGGCGGCGUGAUGGGCAAGGAUACCUGGCUCAAGGGCAGGCCGCAGGUGAGCCGCCUGGGCGUGCACAUGGACUCCAUCCCGGUCUUCUACAGGGGCGGCCACAUCAUCACGCGGAGGGAGCGCGCGCGCCGCAGCACCCAGCAGCAGGCGCGCGACCCCUUCACCCUGGUGGUGGCCCUGGACCAGGCCGGGACGGCCCAGGGCGACCUCUACGUUGAUGACGGGCGCAGCUUCGCUUUCAAGAGGGGCGUCUACACCCACCGCAGCUUCUCGUUCGCCGGCCUGAAGCUCCGCAACGCGCCCUACCCCACGCCGGCGGGGCUGCCGCCGGGCACCUGGGACCCCGACCUCAAGAUCGAGCGCGUCGUCAUCCUCGGACUCCCCAAGGGCCAGUCGUACGAGGUUACGCUGUCCGGGGAGUCCGGCAAGGCGCGGCGGCUGGAGGCGGCGCCCGGCGGCGCAGACCCUGGGCUGCCGCCCGCGCACGGGGAGGCGAUCGUGAUCCGCGCCCCGGGCACGCCCCUCGGCAAAGACUGGGAGCUGAGCCUCUCGCCGGCCGGCAAGGCCGCCGCGCAGGUGUGA